AUGACGGAGUUCCGUCCGAUUAGCCUUUGCAACGUGAGCUAUAAGAUAAUCUCAAAGCUCAUGUGUAAACGACUUAAAAAGACAUUACCUAAUCUAAUCUCAGAGACUCAAUCGGCCUUCAUGGCUAGGAGGCUGAUCACCGACAAUAUUCUGUUGGCACAAGAAAAUUUUCAUGCACUUCGUACUAACUUGGUGUGCAGAGAAAACUUUAUGGCUAUCAAGACAGAUAUGAGCAAAGCAUACGGCAGAGUGGAAUGGAGCUUCAUUAAAGCCCUAGUGAUCAAGUUGGGCUUCUCUGAGAGAUGGGUCAAGCUUCUGAUGUUUUGUAUUUCUUCGGUAUCCUACCAAGUGUUGAUAAACGGAGAACCAAAAGGACAUAUCACUCCAUCACGAGGAUUGAGACAAGGAGACCCCCUCUCUCCGUUUUUGUUUAUCAUAUGCACCGAGGCUCUUAUCUCACUCCUAAAUGGAGCAGAAAAGGAAAACCAAAUUUCUGGGCUAAAAAUUGCCCAAGCAAGCCCACCAGUUUCCCAUCUACUAUUCGCGGAUGAUAGCUUGUUCUUCUGUCGAGCGGACAUCCAACAAGGAACCGAGAUCUUUAGGAUCAUCAACACAUAUGGCUCAGCCUCGGGACAGCAACUUAAUCUGGGCAAAUCAUCAAUCAUGUUUAGAAAUGGAGUUCACCUGACAUUGAAGCAAGGUAUCAAGGACGCCAUCGGAAUCUCGGCAGAGGGUGGCAUGGGCAUGUACCUGGGCCUCCCAGAACAAAUUUGUGGAUCAAAAAAGAAAGUUUUCUCCUACGUCCAUGAUCGACUGAGUAACCGAGUAAAUUCCUGGUCUGCAAGACUUCUUUCCAAAGGUGGAAAAGAAAUUCAGAUAAAAUCGGUAGCCCAAGCUGUCCUUACUUACGUCAUGUCAUGCUUUCUAUUACCCCAAGGAGUGACUGACAAGUUACGGAGUGCCAUUGCUAAUUUCUGGUGGAGUUCGAAACAGAAUAAUAGAGGGAUUCACUGGAUUGCUUGGGACAAGAUUUGUAUCCCCCAAGAUAUGGGAGGCCUAGGAUUUCGGGAUCUACAAGAUUUCAAUUUAGCUCUUCUAGCUAAACAGCUAUGGCGUCUUAUCCAGUACCCUUCAUCUCUGCUGGCUAGGGUCUUACGAGGACGAUACUAUAGACAAUCUGACCCGUUGGAAGAUCGUAGAGUCUACUCCCCGUCUUAUGGGUGGAGGAGUAUUUUAGCUGCAAAACCAUACCUAAUGAUGGGAUUGCAGAAGACGAUAGGGUCGGGUCUAAAUACAAGGGUCUGGAGCGAACCAUGGAUCCCGGACACUAGAGCUCGGCCGGCGAGAGCCACCCCACAGAUCGGCUACCAGGACCCGGGAUUACUCGUUUACUCCUUUAUCCAACAAGAUACAAAGCAGUGGGAUGUUCCCCUUCUGAGAAAUUUCUUCCAACCCGAAGAUGUCUCCCUUAUCCUAGGGUUGAGACCUAGCCGGAACCGUACCUUGGAUGGAUAUGCAUGGAACCAUUCCAAAUCAGGAAUCUAUUCGGUUAAGACGGGCUAUGACCUAAUAAGAAGGACAAAGUUACAACAGGAACCUAGAAUAAUAAGGGAACCGAGCAUUACGGUACUGCAAAGUCAGGUUUGGAAAACCCGCUCACCCGGAAAAAUGAAACACUUCAUAUGGCAAGCAUUAUCAGGAUGUGUGGCUACCUGCCAGAAUUUAGCAUACCAGCACCUGGGAUCUGAAACAAGCUGCCCCCGAUGUGUAGAUCCCGAGGAAUCUAUAAAUCACCUUUUAUUUUUAUGUCCCCUGGCACUUCAAGUCUGGGCGUUAUCGGACUACCUGUCCCUUCCGGGCCUCUUCCCGAGUACCUCUAUUUAUCAAAAUAUGAGCUUUCUUUUUUGGAAAACGAAAGAGCUAGGCAUGAUGGAUCCUCAAAAGGAUGUAUAUCCUUGGAUCCUAUGGUUCAUUUGGAAAGCAAGGAACGACAAAAUCUUUAACGGGAAAUCAAUUUCCCCAGAAGAUACCUUGAUCCAUGCAAAGGUGGAAGCAGAGAGCUGGAGAAUCGCGAACCAACCAGAAGAUAACGAGGACGCAUCCGGUGAGACCUUAGCUCCUCCGUUUCCCCAGAUACCUACCUCCGCGAUCCAACGAGUUCCGACAUGUCGGAUUGAUGCCUCUUGGAUCGAUCACGGACCUGUUAGCGGACUCGGGUGGAGCCUGGUGGACGUUAGAGGAAAUGAGGUGUAUGGUCAACAAGGAUGCCGCAGAAGCCUCUCCGCCCUCCAUGCGGAGAUGGAUUGCCUCUUGUGGGCUAUGUCAAGUUUGAGUGAACGGCACAUAACAUCGGUGUUUUUUCUGACCGACUGUUCUGAUCUAGUGAAUAUGACCGAAUCUCCAUCUGAUUGGCCGUCUUUUUCGUCUGAGUUAGAAAACCUACGCAUCCUUCGUGAAAGCUUCUCAGAUUUCGUCAUCUCCCAUAUCCCGAGAAAUGAAAAUGUCCGGGCGGACAGUCUUACAAAAGGAGCCCGAGUAAGAGGACAAAUAUUCACCCAUAUCGAUCAUACCGAAUCGGUUGAGAACGACCCCGAAAACUGCCCUCAGCCCGACCAACAGUGA